UUUGACAACUGCCCAGGUAAAUUAUUGCAUGCUGUUAAAAUUUGUUUAAAAUUCAAGUGAUAUUUUAGAAAAAUCCUAAAAUAUUAUGAUUAAGAAAACAUAUUAAUUCCAACGAGAUGGCGAAGCAAACCUUCGAGGUCGGCACUGUGACCCUCAACAAUGAGGUGCAACGAAUUCGAGAAAUUUACAAGAAAUGCGAACUUCUCAAUGUCAUACAACAUAUAGAUAUAUACGGUAAAAUAAGAUCAAACUACACUGAGAACAGGAAGGUAAGCGUCAACGACGCUAUAACCGUCUCGUCGGUUUCAUGCUUUGCCCCGCAGUUUUCAAAACACGUGAACAAACCAGGAUUGGACGAGAAGCUAAGUAAAUUGUCUAUGAGUACAAAAGUGUCCGGCCUGUAUCCCGGCAACGAUAUCCUGUCCAAGAAGACCCAGAACCGAAAACUCAAGAAAUUGACCACUAAGACCAGUAUUGCAUUCGGUACUGUUGUUUCAAGGUGAUAGGGCUCCAGUAGACACCUACAGCCCGACAAGGCUCUUUUGGCACUUGAGUGAGAAAAAAUUUUUGAAAAAAA